AUGGAAUCGCCGGAGAAUAGUACAUAUAUGGAGUCCCCUAUGGAUGGUGACGAUGUGGCAUAUCCGUGUAAAGGGUGUGGUGAUGUGAGUGCUCCCGUCCCUUCUACCAGAAGUGUUUACGAAUCUGCCACUAACAGUGAAUUUUUUGCACAGAUCCUCGAGGAGGGAAAAGCCUUCGAACUUGUGCUUGCAAUAACAAAAUUGAAGACCUCGCUAUCCUCACCGGUGACCAAGCAUUUUGUGCAACAUGCUUUCGAUGCAGGAACUGCAAACUCAAGAGCGGCGGCGAAUGCGAAGAAGAAAGAUGAUCAAUCUCCCAUGCACGUCGAUAAAUCACUACCUGCCCUACCACCGAACGCAGUUCCACAAAGUGCCUUCUCCCCUGAACGUGAGAUCCCGGAUCCUCACAAUGAGAAUAAUCCUACAGAAUUAUCACCAAGGCCGCGGCCAACAUAUUCUCGUACAGAGUCAUCAUCUAGGAGUAGUUCACGAAAACCUCGCGAUGAUACUUCCUCCCAACGAGCGUCCACCGAUACCACGGGCAGGGAUGGAUUAACGCUUCCGACGACGACGUAUCGCAAUAACAGAUAUUCAGGAAUUUCACAAAUGUCGGAGAUUGGAAGUGGUGAUGGAGAGAGCUUUUUCAUACCUCUCGCAUUGGACCCAAGCCCUGCGCCAACCUUGACACCAAGAUCCGCGUCGGCAUCAUGGGACAUUAAAAAGACCAAAGAGAAUCAAGCACCAGACCGGGAUUAUUUUGGCGCAAAAGAUAACGGACGAAGUCAAACUGAACCACAGCCACAGAGGCGAUCGAGGGAUUCGAAGGAUAUAAGCUCAACAUCGACACCGCACAUCGCAUUCCAAGAGAAGAACCAACAACCAUCCGAAGAACAGUUGGCACAGAUCAAGGAGAGCAUACGCAGGGCAGCAAAUGGCAGUGGAACACCCGCCAAGGUAUCGUCUCCGCCUACGAGUGAUGAUACUCUACUACAACACGCAACAUCACCACCAGGGGACGCUACAAAUGAGAAGACACAACCAUCCAGUGAAAAGUUUAGAUUAGGUGAUGUGCCAAAGGGGAAACGAACCGGGACGACGAGAAGCGACUCGCAAUCAGAUUACACUGGCAGCGAGAGCAACUCCUCAAAAUCCGCCUUAUCUAAUAUACCUCCUAGGAAAGACAGCAAUAUGGCUAGAAUGGACUCUCCGAAACCUUUACUGGCAGCGGAUCAAAUCACGUCCAGAUCUACACAGGAAUCGCGAUCAAGGGACACAGAAAACUCUUCCAUUUCAAGAGUCGAUUCUGGAAGCUCCAAAGUUUCAAUACCCCGUAAGGAAAUAGCCUCAAGACCAGUGAAAAGUAAUGUUAGUACAAUGAGCCUAUCUUCCGGAACGGAUACCUCUCCAUCCACGGAAUCCUCAUCGGAAGCAGCAGUCCCUACCCCAACCGUGAAUGGCAAAUCAAUCUCUGGCCCCUUGCUACAAUCGCCUAUCGAUGAUAUGGCACCUACAAAUCGUUCAUCGACUCGACCUCCCGUCCCAAAACAACAAUUGAGUGAUACAUAUAUGACUCCAAGAGCACCCCCAGCGCCGCCAUCUGCAGGCUCAACAAAUGGUGCCGCUUCAUCUCCUAACCUACCGAGAUGGAGUGCUGGCGGGGAUCUUACCAUGGACGAAGACAUGGCCAGGAUUUUUGGUAAUGAUGAAGGCUCACAAUCUAUAAUUCGAAGAGUUUCCAACGCUGUACGCCACGUUAGAAAUACCAGCAGUGAAGCAAGCAAUUCUGCUCGUGGCCAUGGUCGCAGCGCUAGCGAAACAACUGCACGUACUCCUAAUUCUCCACGAUGGCCAAAAACACCAAUUAUCGAAGACACUAGCGGACCUCGAGAUAUUAGUAGCCCAAUCUUUAUGAACUCGCCAAAUCCUGGAGAUGAUCCGGCUUUGCUAAGAAGGCAACUGCGCAACUCUGAACAAAGAGUCGCAGAACUUGAAAGACAAUUUGUAAACGAAAAAGAUUUGAAAACACUGAACAAAAAGCUCAUCGAAAAGCGAAAAACUGUCUCGGUCUUAGAUUCUCAAACAGAGCUUAUGAUUCGCCAGUUGGAGGUUCUAGCUGGUUAUGUGGAACGUGCCAAAGGUUCGAAACAACCACUCGACAUUGCUGAGCUGGAAGAUUCUGCUAUCAAAGAAUUUGUUCAAAAGCUUGAACGCCUUAAGCAGUCAAUGUCUGGCUCGAUUGAACACCUUUUUGAAGAGCGGGAUGAACUCUUGGAAGAGAAGAAUCAAGCUAUUGCCGAUCGUGAUAGAGCAUUGAUUGAGUUUGAGCAAUUGUCGUCAAAAAAUGCACAACUUGCAGAUAUGAAUAAUGAUCUUACACACCAGAUCCAGGAACGCUUCAAAUCGGCCAAUACCAAUAUGGAAAGCCCAAGGCCAUCAACGAACGGUCUGGGAAUCUACACUCACCACAAUAAGGAUAAAUCCAACGUUUCCGUCCAUCUAGACAAUGCAAGUCUUCGCCCAUCUGAAAGCAGUAGUACAGUGUAUGGUUCAGUAAAUAGCUAUCCACAUGCGAUGGAGCAGGACCCCAGCAUGGAGCCAGCUACGUUAUUGUCAGCUCCCCAUGUCGUCAACAUUCGCAAGGGCCAAGCAAAGAAGUUCAAUUGGAAGAAGGGCGGCCAGACUGUUGCCAAGGGAGUCACUAAGGGUUUCAAGGGAGCCUUCUCGAGCGGGCAAGAGCGGACGAUGAAUCAAUGGCCAGGUCAAACUGGUGACAAUAUUGGCAUGCCUUAUAAUAUGACUAUGGAGCAGGUGCAACCUCCAGCCCCAACUGCUGUUGGGGCAACCUUACCCAGGUCUAUAUCAAACGACCCCUCGCGCCAAGGUUUUGGUUUAUUCAAAAAAUCACAAUCAAUGCCAAAGUCGAUGUCAAGUGGCAAUAUUCUAGCUGCUGAGAGCCCAUCGACUCUGUUCGGCUCCGAUCUUGUCGAAAGAGCUGAUUAUGAGCGUCGGCAAAUUCCAAGCGUGGUUACUCGCUGCAUUGAAGAGGUUGAGUUGCGUGGAAUGGACAUUGAAGGUAUCUAUCGAAAGACUGGAGGUACAGGUCAAGUAAACCUCAUCAAAGAAGGAUUUGACAAGACCGAGGAUUAUGACAUCUCUGAUCCGGACCUUGAUAUCACCGCGGUUACGAGUGUUUUGAAGCAAUAUUUCCGAAAGCUACCUGUGCCACUUCUAACCUUUGACGUCUAUGAUCGCAUCUUGGAAUCAAUUUCUAUCGAAGACGAUGCAGAACGAUGCAUACAUCUACGAAAUACAGUCAACAUGCUACCUCCCAAGCAUCGUGAUUGCCUUGAGUUUUUGGUCUUCCAUCUUGUGCGAGUGGCUAAACGAGAAAGCGAGAACUUGAUGACACCCAAAAACCUGGCAGUCGUUUUUGCGCCGACGAUCAUGCGAGAUCACAGCCUAGAUCGUGAGAUGACAGAUAUGCACGCCAAAAACCAAGCCGUUCAAUUUAUCAUCGAGAACAGUUACGACAUAUUUGCCAGCGCCUAG